AUGACACAGCACGGCGGUGAUCCCUCCCUGCCGUCCCACGAGGACGAUGAGCCCGUGGAUCUGGGGUGGCUGGUGGAGGCAGAGGACGCCGUCGGAGAGGACCCCGCCAUCUCAGCCGCCACCUCCAGCCCACCCCUUCCCUCUGACAGAACAAUCCCCCGUAUGCCCUCCUUCCCAGACAUUUCAGCAGCCUACCAACAGCACUCCCUACCGCGCCCUGUCAGCGCCGAGAGCAACUUCUCUGCCGCUGCGUCCUCCCCAAGCACCUACAUGACACAGGUUGGUCCCAUCAACCAACAAGGAUCCCUCAAGCCUGGUUCCAUGCGACUUGUCACCACCGGACUUAGAACCUCCGCCGCUCUUGCAGAACCCCCACCUGCUGGACAGGAAGUGCAGAGGUCUCUGAGGUCACGGGCGGGUGGUGAGAGCACGACGGGCACAGCGCAGGGCACUGCACCCGACUCAACCUCCCCCCGCCACCAUGGCCGCAUGCUGCGCUCCAGAUCUGGCACAACCUCAGGCGAGUCGGAGAGCGAUGCCUCAUCGGUGCCAAAGUCUGAGGAGGAAAAGCGGAACUCGGCAGAGCCCAAGAAGUCGCAGAGGGGCCGCAAACGGCGCACGGAGCCCAUUGUGGUGGAAAAAGAGGACGGCACCAAAGAGGAGGUCUCUCCCCAGGUGUACCGCCGCCUGAGAAGGCGGGUCACAAAUAGGCUUUCAGCAAGAAGAAUGCGGCAAAAGCGCGCCGAGGAACGAGAGACAAUUGCGGCGGAGACGCAAAAGCUGCAGCAGGAGACUACAGAGCUGCGGGCGCGCAUGUUGGAGCUGGAGGGCGCCAACAGGGCGCUGGCCAGGGAAGCCUACGGCUGGCGCUCCCGCUGCGAGCAGCUGGCCGGUCGUCCGCUGGGCACACCCCAGCAGCAGAUGGGUGGAUCGUCGCGCACGCUCAGCCCCUUCCCAUCCCCCAACCCCACCGCCGAGAAGCGGACGCAGUCGUUGCCGGUGCCGCACCCGGCGGUUGCCGCGGAAGCUCAAGUGCGCAGCAUGAGUCCCGGCGGCUUUGACAGCUUCACGCUAGAUGCCGAGAUCCCCUCGUUGCACAUGCUCAGCCCGCUGUCCCAGCAGACGCCGCUCUUUAGCCGCCAUGCGCAGCAGCCGGGGGGCGGCGCGCAGCACACCCCGCUGUCGCUGCAGUCGUUCGACAGCGCCCUCGGCGCCGCCCAGAGCCGGCAGCUGUCCAGCGGAUCGCCUGGGGCCGGCAUGGCGUACUACCCGAACUUGACUGGCCUCCAGCGAGGGGCCAGUUCCAGUGAGCUGCAGUCCACACCUGAGCACGAGCAGCUGCGCAGCGGCCAGGCGGGCAUGCAGUACGGGUCGCACCUGCACCUGCGCUCCUCGCCGUACAGCAUUCCGGAGCUGCAGCAACGACUUCCGCCGCCGCACGCGCGCGCCCCCCGGGAGGGGGGACCCUCGCACAUGUCCCCCCGCCACUUCUCGGCGCCCAACCUGAGCCAGGGCGCCAUGGACCUGUACCAGCACAGGAGCCACCUUCCCGGCGACGCCUCGGCGCUGGGAUCGGCUUUCGGCCAGCCGGGCGGCGGCCUGGAAGCCCGGGGCAGUUUUGGUCACCCGGGAGUGGAGGCAAGCGGCGGCUACGCGCAGCCCGGCCUCCAGUCCCGAGCCAGCUUCGGGCAGUCCAGCCCUCGCAGCCUCCAGUACGCAAGGGCAUCGGGGAGUGUGGUAGCUGAGGAGGAGAUGAAGCGCUCGUCUGCGCCGGCAGCGCUGCAGCAGGCGCAGGAGGCUUUCGGCAUGGCCUUCCGCGACGGCGUUCCCUCUUCUCCCCCUCGCCAACACCCCCACUGGGGGGUCAACCCCAACCCUCAAGGCUCCAGCAGGAAGUGA